UGCACUUCAAAAUCGAAUGAUUUUUGUAAUAAAGAUUAACAUGGCUUUCUUGAUUGGACAUAAUUAAUUGACAUGAUGAUGCCAACUUUCCUUUUAGUACGACCAUGAAAUAAAACUUGAAAAUAUAAAAAGGCAGCCUCCUCUCAUUCCAUAUUUUACUCAAUGGCAGCUAUAUCUAAAUUGAUAACAGAGGGAAUUAAAUCACGUGUCCGUAGGCCAAGUUUAUUCUCUAAACUUACGACAGUUGAUGAUCUUAUCGCUAGUGGGUUCUUUAAAAAUGGAAUGCGCAUGGGAUGGUCUGGAUUUACAGGAGUGGGAUACCCAAAAGUAACACCAAUCGCAUUAGCGGAACAUGUUGAAAAAAAUAAUUUACAGGGAAAACUUCGGUUUGAUCUUUUUGUUGGCGCUAGUACAGCCUCUGAAACCGAAGAUAGAUGGGCAAAGAAUGGAAUGAUAGCUCGUAGAUAUCCAUAUCAAGUUGGAAAAACCGUUCAAAGAGAAAUCAAUGCUAAUCGUAUUUUAUUUGCCGACAAACAUCUUUCGGAAUUUCCAUUAGAUUUGGUUUCCGGAUAUUAUACCUUGGAAAAGAAGGGGAAUGAGAUAGAGAAACUUGAUGUUGUUAUUGUUGAAGCGACGGCUGUCACUGAAGAAGGACAUAUUAUUCCUGGAGCAUCCGUAGGAGCGACACCGGAAAUCGUUCAAUCAGCAGCUCAUGUCAUCUUGGAAGUUAAUACAGUUUUACCUAAUUAUGAAGGACUACAUGAUAUCACUUUAGGUAAAUUUGCUCCAUAUAAAUUCCCAAAUUUGAUUCAAAGAGUUGACGAUCGUGUCGGAACGCCAUAUAUUCCACUCGAUAAUGAUAAAGUUAUUGCAGUUAUUGAAUCUAAAAAACUUGAUAAGACAUCUGAUAGUGACUUACAGGAUGAAGUAUCGCAUCAUAUAGCAAAUAACAUUCUCGAAUUUUUAGAACAUGAAGUAACGAUGGGAAGAUUACCAAUUCAUCUUCUUCCAUUACAAUCAGGAGUAGGAAAUAUUGCCAAUGCGAUUAUCGGAGGUCUUGCAGAUGGACCAUUUACAAAUGUUGAAGUAUGGACGGAAGUUAUUCAAGAUACAUUUUUAGAUUUUUGGGAACAUCAUAAAUUAAGCUUUGCAUCAGCUACAAGUGUCGCAUUUUCACCUUCCGGAUUUAAACGAUUCUAUGAAAUGUGGGAUGAUUUAAAGGAUCGUCUAGUAUUAAGAAGUCAAAGUGUUUCUAAUUCACCUGAAAUCAUUCGAAGAUUGGGUGUUAUUGCAAUGAAUACUCCCAUUGAGUUUGAUAUUUACGGACAUGCAAAUUCUACACACGUGUGCGGAACAAGAAUGUUAAAUGGUCUUGGUGGAUCAAAUGAUUUUUUGAGAAAUUCUAAACUUAGUAUUAUGCAUACACCGUCUACAAGACCCACCAAGAUUGAUCCAAUAGGCAUUUCAUGUGUGGUACCAAUGUGUUCUCACAUAGAUCAAACUGAGCAUGAUCUUGACGUGUUAGUAACUGAACAUGGAUUAGCGGAUGUUCGUGGACUUGCACCAAUUGAAAGAGCAAAAUUAAUAAUUGAAAAAUGUGCACAUCCAGAUUAUAAACCUAUUCUUAAAGAAUAUUUUGAUAUGUCUGAAAAGAAAUGUAUGUCAAUAGGUGCAGCUCAUGAACCUCAAAUGUUGGACAAAGUAUUUAAAAUGCAUUUAAAUGUUAUGGGCGAAGAAAACACUAUGAGAAUUAAAUCGUGGUGAUCAAUUAUUAAUUUUAUUACUUUAAAAACGAUAAUAGUAAUACCAGAUUUAUUAAGUGGAAAUCAAAUUUCUUUUUUUUUUUACUAAUUUUAACACUUUUUGAAUCAAAAAAAGUAAUUUGAUUAUUAUGUAACAUAUGUUUGUAAAAUAAGCACGAUCAGACUACUUUUAAUAUGUAGUACCGUAG